AUGAAAACUCUUUCUAUGUGUUUGUGCCACUUUUCGUUAGAUGAACAAGCCCAUAAUUCUGGGGUGAAACGAAUUACGGAUGACAACUCCAUCGUAUAUAACAUCUACAUUAUUAUGCACAUAUCACUUAUUUUGCGUAGUUUCAUUCAACAUGAUUUGAUCGCAACGAAUGCCGUGAGGUACGGUACCAUAUAUGACGCCUGA